GCUCCCUCAGGCGUGGUGUCUGUCCGAAGAGCUUGUGCAGUUUAUAACUAAAGCCCUGUGUGUCCUUCAUUAAACGCAUUUACGCUACUCUUCUCCAGAGCCAUGACCUCCAAGUCUCAGAAAGAGAUGUUUGAGAAGAUGGAGGAAUCUUUUAAAAUCUGCGCCUGUUGUGAGGCUCGUCCGGGCGGCCUUUCAAGGGGCCACAGCCUGAAGCGCUGCAGCAGAUGUCUGAAUGUUUACUACUGCUGUAAAGCCUGUCAGAAGGAGGAUUGGCCCAAACACAAGAAGUUCUGCCCACAGCUGCGUCUGGCUGCCAUCGACCGAGUCGUGGGGUCGCUCUUGGUCAAAGGAGACCUUCCCUUCCCCACGGAGAAGUGGUCCAAGCCCCAGGCCGAGGUCAAAGGCUGGGACGACUGGCUCGCCAUGCAGGGGGACCCGACGCCUCGCCUGGACGCCGUGCUGAAAGCAGCGGCCGCGAGGGACCUGUGGACCGCCGCCGGCAGGUCGCCGCCCGGCGCCGAGGACCUGAGGCGGUCGCUGUGGAGGGUCUGCAGCGAGUUCUUCUCCCGGCCGCUGACCGUCGCCUGGGCGAUGCGAGUGUUCGGCCUGGACCCUCAGUCCAAGCCGCUCACCGUCCACCUGGUGGGGGCCGGCGCCCGGGAGACGCUGGGCGCCAGGCCCACGGACUACGACGAGCUGAACCACAUGUUCCCCGGGCACCAGGGCAUGGAGGUGGUCCUGGUGGGGCCGGAGGUGGUGGACGGCCCCGUCACCAGGCCCCCCCUCAGGGCCUUGGGCCCCAGGCAGAGGGUCUACGUCAGCGCCCACAAGGGCCUCUACCACCAGUUCUGGGAAGACGUGGUGGAGAAGGAGGAAGCAGCCAAGCCAGACCUGGUGGUGGGAUUCCAUCCCGGGUUUGAUGCCAGUCAGGGUCUGGAUCAGGGAUGGCUUCCAACACUUCUGCUCCUCAGGGACUACGAGAUUCCUUCUCUCUUCACUGCUCUCAAUGAGACGGAGAUGACCUACUCCCUGCAGAUCCUGUUGGAGUUGGAGAUGGACCUGAAGGGGAGCGGAAUCGUGCCCUUCCCCUCACUGAAGCCCGAGGCGUUGGCCUCGAGUCCCAACAGGCCUCCGGACUACGGCAACUCGCACUACUUGUGCUUCCGGGGUGUCCUGGAGACGGUGGAGGAACCGGAGGAACCGGAGGAACCGGAGGAGGCCUGAGGGAGCUACGUGCUGCAGAGGCAUUGUCUGCAUAGGCCUCGAUAAAGAAACCGUACAAUGGGUCUAGAUACACUUUGGGAACAGUUUGCUUCGACAUUUGCAUUUGACUGCUAUCUCCGCGUUGUGACCUGUAAAUGAGGUGUGGGAUUUGAAUAGAAGGUCCGUGAACUAUUGACGUGGAAGCUGAGAGGCAAUAAAACAUUGUAGAAACAGU